UUGACAUGAACAAAGCAAUUCCUUGGUGAUUUAAACCAACUCUGGGGUUUCUCCUAUCAAAACUGUCCAUUGGUGCAUUCCUCUAAAUUACAACUUCUUAGGAUACAUAUACAAAGCAUAGUUUAAAUAUUGCUCCAAAAACGGGGCUUCAUCGGCACCGCUUUUACUCCAUAUAGCAUGGUGGGCAGUUCACCACGCCCGAGAAGAACUCGACGGUCUGAUUGCCCGAUGUCACGAGGACGCGCCCAGUCGGUGUUCGGCCAUACUCGUACGAUGUCAGUUCCACAGGCGUCGGGACAGUCGGCACGAUCGUGUACCCGUGCGCUUCGAGGUAGAAGUCGUCCUCGUCCGAAUGGUAGUGGUGGUGUGACGACUUGCUCGGCGACGAGUUGUUGUACGGCAUGUACGGGCGAGGUUGCUGCGAGUAGCUGUACACAGGGGACGUCCGCUGCCGCAGGUGGGAGUCGUCUUGCAUCGAGUAUGGGUUGUAUGCUUGCAUGCCGUGGACGGUCUGUGAAUACAUGCUGAUGCGGCGGGCAAAAUUUG